AUGGUGGCUCUGGUCCUGCUAGGGCUCAGCUGGCUCUGCACACCACUGGGAGCUCUGGUGCUGGACUUCAACGAUAUCAGAAGCUCCGCCGACGGGCAGGGGGCGCGCCAGGGCUCACAGUGCCUAUCUGACAAGGACUGUGGUUCCAGAAAGUUCUGCCUCCAGCCACGUGAUGAGAAGCCUUUCUGUGCCAUGUGUCGGGGGCUGCGGAAGAGGUGCCAGCGAACCACCAUGUGCUGCCCAGGGAUGCUCUGUGUGAACGAUGUUUGUACCACAGCACAAGAUGUGGCCACCGGACUGGAAAGACAAGCCGAGGACCAGGGCGGCACAGAUACAAGAGGGGCGACAGAGCAUCCGAUCGCCGAGAGCCAGCCCAAAAGGAAAUCUAACAUUAAGAGAUCGCAGGGCGGCAAGGGACAAGAAGGUGAGAGUUGCCUCAGAACUUCUGACUGUGGGCCUGGCCUCUGCUGUGCCCGCCAUUUUUGGACUAAGAUUUGCAAACCUGUCCUGCAGGAGGGGCAGGUCUGCUCAAGGAGGGGGCAGAAAGAGACUGGUCAGGCACCAGAGAUCUUCCAGCGCUGCGACUGCGGCCCUGGACUGUCGUGUCAAAGCCAGGCGGCCGGCCGGCGACAGCACACACGGUUAAGAGUGUGCCAGAAACACAGGUAG